AUGCAUGAAUUUCAGCCUUCCUGCCCAUGUCUUCGCUUCACAGCCUGUCAGUUGCAGCUGGAGACCGAGCCUUCGACUGUCCUGAACGGGCUCUGCUAUUGCUUUUUGCUGUGUGAAUACCGAGAGAUCUGUGCGUGCUGUGUGCACUUGCAGCCUGCCUGUUGGUUUUCUCCAUUUGUUCUGUUGUGUACAUGUGAAAAUGCCCGGGAGCUGACAACCCUGAAAUGGAUCAGCGUGGGAGUUGUGUUGAACUGUUUCCAUGUCUGCCCCUUUGCUUUCCUUCUGUGUUCCAAGCCCUCACUGGAACAGUUGAAUUCUGCUGUUUCCACUCACUGUGUACUUUUUUUCCUCUCUGUAAAGAGCUCUGAGAGUCCACUUUUAAAGGCGCUAUAUACACUAAAGUUGCGCUGGGAUUGGCUGCUUUCGUGGGCCCUGUUCUGUGCUGCUGACGUGUCCCCCGGUUUGUGUCCAGAUGAGGGCCGGGCCCCUGCGGCGGUGGAGAAGCCCGAGGCUGUCCAGGGCCCCCUGCAGGGGGCGCGGGCGUCCUGGUCUGCCCCCUCACCCCCUCUCCGUGCCUCCGGCUCUCACAGGAAGUCCCACGCCCCCGAGCUGCACCGGCGCACCUCCACCGCGUCAGAGGGGCGGCGCAAGACGGAGCCCCCCCUGGGGGGUCACGACCCUCGCACCGCCGUCCAGCUGCGCACCGUCCUGAAGAGACUGAAGGAGAUCAUGGNNNUGACGUCGCAGGACAGCGAUCUGAAGCAGUACUGGAUGCCGGACAGCCAGUGCAAGGAGUGCUACGACUGCAACGAGAAGUUCACCACGUUCCGCCGCCGCCACCACUGCCGGCUGUGCGGCCAGAUCUUCUGCAGCCGCUGCUGUAACCAGGAGAUCCCCGGCAAGUUCAUGGGCUACACCGGGGACCUGCGCGCUUGCACCUACUGCCGCAAGAUCGCGCUCAGCUACGCCCACUCGGCGGACUCGGGCUCGAUCGGGGAGGACCUGAGCGCGCUGUCGGACUCGCCGCUGUCGGUGUGCGUGCUGGAGCCCAGCGAGCCGCGCACGCCCGUCGGGGGCAGGAAGGCCAGCCGCAACAUCUUCCUGGAGGAGGACCUGGCCUGGCAGAGCCUGGUCCAUCAGGACUCCCAGCCCAGCAGCCUCAGCACCCGCCUGGCCUCUGUGCAGGAGGACGUGGGCAUGAGUCCCGCCAGGAAGAGGUCGGCCAGCAUCACCAACCUCUCCCUGGACCGCUCCGGCUCCUCCAUGGUGCCCUCCUACGACAGCUCCAUCAGCCCGCAGGCCAGCCGCGCCCCAGCCAAGCCCGACGCCAACGAGGAGGAGCGCAAGAUCCUGCUGGACUCCUCCCAGCUGAAAGACCUGUGGAAGAAGAUCUGUCACCACAGCACGGGCAUGGAGUUCCAGGAUCACCGCUACUGGCUGCGCACCUACCCCAACUGCAUUGUGGGAAAGGAGCUGGUUAACUGGCUGCUCAGAAACGGCCACAUCUCCACCAGGGCCCAGGCCAUCGCUAUCGGACAGGCCCUGGUGGACGGCCGCUGGCUGGACUGCGUCACCCACCACGACCAGCUCUUCAGAGAUGAAUACGCGCUCUACCGCCCCCUGCAGAGCACGGAGUUCUCGGAGACGCCGUCCCCCGACAGCGACUCGGUGAACUCCCUGGAAGGCCACUCCGAGCCCUCCUGGUUCAAGGACAUCAAGUUCGACGACAGCGACACGGAGCAGAUCGCUGACGAGGGCGAGGACAUCUUGCCCAACUCCGCCAGCCCCAGUAAGCGCACUUCUGUCAGCAGUUUCCACUCUGCGGUGGACAGUGACUCUGCUGCCUCUAUCAACCUCAACGUGGAGCUGGACAACGUCAACUUCCACAUAAAGAAGCACUCCAAGUACCCCCACGUCCCCCCCCACCCUGCGGAGCCGAAAGCUGAGUUUUUGGUAUCUGAAGACCGAGGGCAGCAGACGAUCUCCAUCAGUGAUGCUUUCAUUAAAGUCACCCCUUUGGGCUGGCAUCACAGCUCCCUGGAGCAGCUGAGGGAGGAGAACGGGGAGAAGAAAGCCAUGGAGAGGCUGCUCUCUGCCAACCACAACCACAUGAUGGCGCUCCUGCAGCAGCUGCUGUACAGCGAGUCCCUGUCGCUGUCCUGGCGCGACGUCAUCGUGCCCGUGGUCAGGCAGGUGGUGCAGACCGUGCGCCCGGACGUGCGCGGCAACGACGACGACAUGGACAUCCGGCAGUUCGUGCACGUCAAGAAGAUUCCCGGAGGGAAGAAGUUUGAUUCAGCUGUUGUGAAUGGCUUUGUUUGCACCAAGAACAUAGCCCACAAAAAGAUGAACUCCCACAUUAAGAACCCCAAGAUCCUGCUGCUGAAGUGCUCCAUCGAGUACCUGUACAGGGAGGAGACGAAGUUCACCUGCAUCGAUCCCAUCGUGCUGCAGGAGCGAGAGUUCCUGAAGAACUACGUCCAGCGGAUCGUGGAUGUGCGACCCAACCUGGUGCUGGUGGAGAAGACGGUGUCCAGGAUAGCCCAGGAUAUGCUUCUCGAACACGGGAUCACCCUGGUCAUCAAUGUCAAGCCUCAAGUGCUGGACCGAGUGAGCCGGAUGACCCAGGGAGACCUGGUGAUGUCCAUGGACCAGCUGCUCACCAAGCCCCACCUGGGCACCUGCCACAAGUUCUACCUGCACUCCUUCCAGCUGGCCAACGAGGAGUCGAAGACGCUCAUGUUCUUCGAGGGCUGCCCCCCUCAGCUGGGCUGCACCGUCAAGCUUCGGGGCGCCUCGGAGUACGAGCUGGCGCGGGUCAAGGAGAUCCUGGUCUUCAUGGCGUGCGUGGCGUACCACUCCCAGCUGGAGAUCUCCUUCCUCAUGGACGAGUUCGCUAUGCCCCCCAGCCUGGCUAAGAGCGGCUCCUUCCACUCGCUGAUCGAGGGCGAGGGGCCCGGGGCCGAGCGCCCCGACUUGUUCCAGGCCGGAGACGGGGGGGGCGCCCCAAAGGAGCAGGAGUGUGGCCCCGAGAAACUGCCUGCCAUCCCCGAACUGGAGGGCUCCCCGAGAGACGGCAGCCUCACCCAGGAAGGGGUGCCUGCUUUUGGGGCCGAGGCCACAUCCUCCCCCAGACCGGGGGACCCCGAAGUGGACACCGCAUCCCCCCACCGGACAUUGGUGUCCAUCUCUCCCGUGCCGCUGUCCGGCACGUCUCUGCCUUUCCUCAUCGCUGACCCACAGGACGAGACCGACGGCAAGGACGCCGCCGCGGAUGUGGGGGGCGGCUCUGGGGGGGCCCCCGACUCGGAGGCGCGGCCCCGCCUCUUCCGGGACCCCCUGCAGGACGACACGGGGCUGUACGUGACGGAGCACGUGGCCUCGGCGGACGACCGGCUCAAGUCGCACUCCGCGGCCUUCAAGCAGGAGCUGAAGGACGUGAUCCUCUGCAUCUCGCCCUUCAUCUCCUUCCGGGAGCCGUUCCUGCUCACCCCCCGGGGCAUGAGGUGCCCCAGCAGGGACUACUUCCCCGAGCUGGUCUACCUCUCCCCUCUGCUCAACAAGGACUUCAAGGAGCUGGACAGCCGCAGGAAGAGGCAGCUGCUGAAGGACACGGCCCCCGCCCAGGCCGCCAACGGCAGCGCGGCCUCCCGGGCCAUCGAGGUGCUGCCCUCCCAUCAGCUGACCAGCACCCGCAUCGCCGAGCACCUGGGCAGCAGCCAGGACCUGGCCAAGAUGCUGGCGGACUUCCGGGCCCGGGGCGGCCGGAUCCGGCAGAGGGACGUGGACCCCUUCGUGCAGAGCCGAGAGCAGACGGCGAGGGCGGGCCCGAAGGGCGAGGGCGAGGAGGACCGCGGGCAGGCGCAGAACGAGAUGGUCUGGGCGGCGAAGAUGGACUGCCUGAACCCUGUCAACCACCAGCGCCUGUGCGUCCUCUUCAGCAGCUCCUCGGCGCAGUCCAUCAACGCUCCCCACCCCUGCGUCAGCCCCUGGAUCGUUACCAUGGAAUUCUACGGGAAGAACGACCUGACCCUUGGGGUGUUUUUGGAAAGAUACUGUUUCAGGCCCUCGUACCAGUGCCCCAGCGCGUUCUGCGACACUCCCAUGGUGCACCACAUCCGGCGCUUCGUGCACGGCAGCGGCUGCGUUCAGAUCGUGCUGAAGGAGCUGGACUCCCCCGUGCCGGGCUACCAGCACACCAUCCUCAACUACUCCUGGUGCAGGGUCUGCAAGCAGGUGACUCCGGUGGUUCCCCUGUCAAAUGACUCGUGGUCCAUGUCCUUCGCCAAAUACCUGGAGCUCCGCUUCUACGGUCACCAGUACACACGGCGCGCCAACGCCGAACCCUGCGGCCACUCCAUGCACAAGGAUUACCACCAGUACUUCUCCUACAACCAGAUGGUGGCCUCCUUCAGCUACACUCAUGUAAGACUGCUGGAGAUCUGCCUUCCUCCGCCCAAGAUCUACAUCAAACACCAGGGCCCCUCCAAGACCACGCUGCUGCAGGAUCUCAAAGACUUCUCCCAGAAGGUGUCCCAGGUCUAUCUGGUCAUAGACGACCGCCUCACGUCCUUGAAGACCGACACUUUCAGCAAGACGCGGGAGGAGAAGAUGGAAGACUUGUUCGCCCAGAAAGACAUGGAGGAGGCGGAGCUGCGCAACUGGAUCGAGAAGCUGCAGGCGCGCCUGCUGUCCUGCGGCCUGGACUCCCCCCAGCAGCUGCAGGCCGGGCUGGAGUCCGUGGUGGCGAAGAAGCAGGGCCUGUGCGAGAUGCUGCAGUCCUGGAACACCCGGCUGCAGGACCUGUUCCAGCAGGAGAAGGGCAGGAAGCGGCCGUCGGUCCCGCCCAGCCCGGGGAAACACCGGCAGACCGAGGAGAGCAAGACGAGCGUCCUGGAGUCGUCCCCACGCAACCCCUCCCCCGUCGUGCAGAAGGAAGAGAAAGAGGACCGCCACCUGACCAACAUGUCCUCCAGCGUGACCUCGUCCUCCGCGCUCCAGCUGCCGUCGCCGGGGGACGCCGGCUCCGAGCCUCCGUCGGCCGGCCCCUCCUUCCCCGGCGCGGCUGGGCCCGGCGACCUGGACUCCGCCAGCUUGACAGAGGACGUGUUCGACGGGCACCUGCUGGGCUCUGGCGACAGCCAGCUGAAGGAGAGGUCCACCAUGAAGGCCAUCCUUGCAAACCUGCUCCCGGGAAACAGCUACAACCCCAUUCCUUUCCCCUUUGACCCGGACAAGCACUACCUGAUGUACGAGCACGAGAGGGUGCCCAUCGCCGUGUGCGAGAGAGAGCCCAGCUCCAUCAUCGCCUUCGCUCUCAGCUGUAAAGAGUACAAGAUGGCCCUGGAGGAGCUCGCCAAACCCGCCGCGAAGACCACAGCAGAGGAGCCAGCGCCUCCCGGCAGUGCUGGAGAGGGACGACUGAAGAUGAGCAGCCCUGCCAAACAGAAUGACACAGCAGCAACCCAGCUGGGCCGCAACGUGGAGACAGACACCCUCAAAGACGGCGACGCAGGAGACAAGCAGAAGAAGCAAGCAGGGAACCCACACAUCGAGCUUCAGUUCUCGGACGCCAACGCCAAGUUCUACUGCCGCAUCUACUUCGCUGAGGAGUUCCACGCCAUGAGGGCGGAGGUCAUGCAGAGCAGCAAGGAGGACUUUGUGCGCUCGCUCUCGCGCUGCGUCAACUGGCAGGCCCGCGGGGGCAAGUCGGGGGCCGUCUUCUACGCCACCGAAGACGACCGGUUUAUCCUGAAGCAGAUGCCCCGGCUGGAGGUGCAGUCCUUCCUGGACUUCGCUCCCCACUAUUUUACCUACAUUACAGGCGCCGUGCAGCAGAAGAGACCGACUGCCCUUGCCAAGAUCCUAGGGGUCUAUCGGAUUGGCUACAAAAACUCCCAGAACAACACGGAGAAGAAGCUGGAUCUGCUGGUCAUGGAGAACCUUUUCUACGGGCGGAAAAUGGCUCAGGUGUUCGACCUGAAGGGCUCGCUGCGGAACCGCAACGUGAAGACGGACUCGGGGAAGGAGAGCUGCGAGGUGGUGCUGCUGGACGAGAACCUGCUCAAGCUGGUGCACGACAGCCCGCUGUACAUCCGCUCGCACUGCAAGGCCAUCCUGCGCGCCUCCAUCCACAGCGACGCCUACUUCCUGUCCAGCCACCUCAUCAUCGACUACUCGCUGCUGGUGGGCCGCGACGACACCACGGACGAGCUCGUCGUGGGCAUCAUCGAUUAUAUCCGGACAUUCACAUGGGACAAGAAACUGGAAAUGGUUGUAAAAUCCACAGGAAUCCUGGGGGGCCAAGGCAAAAUGCCGACGGUGGUCUCCCCUGAACUCUACAGGGCCCGGUUCUGUGAAGCCAUGGAUAAGUACUUUCUCAUGGUUCCGGACCACUGGACCGGACUCGGCGUGAACUGCUGAACACGAGGGACGCCACAGGAAGGAGGCAACUGGAUUCACUUGAAAUUUCACUCGGACAGAAAGCUAGACUUCAGUUUUGCAUCGGAAAUGCUGUACUCCUUGUCGGAAGCUGGAAAAGCACAAAUGAAGCAGAGAGUUUGCGUUUUAAUUUGCCACCAUGUCGUGGCUCACUGAGCAGGUGAAUGGAGCACCGUUCCGCAAGGUCUGCUUUGUCCUGCCGGGAUCUGAAGAAUCCUUAUUUGGAAGGCACGGGAAAUAUGACCUUGCAAAGGACAAAGGUUUGCUGGAAGCUCUCUCUCGCACCAGGAGCAGCAUGGCCUAUCAUUCCUGGAGCACACCUCUUUUUUUUUUUCUUUUCUUUUUUUUUUUAAUGCACUGCUGGAGACCUCGCUGGGACAGCUGGCCGGCGGAUCAGGCUCACUGGGUGAUCAUGUGCUCGGGGGAGAGCAAGACACUGGUGCAUGGCAGAAUGAUGACGUCGCCACCAGCCUGUCCUCACCCCAGUUCAGCUGCUCUUCACUCUGUAAAUCCUCAACUGGUAAGACAUGAUGAAAACCUGUCUUUUUAUAAAAAUCUGUAUGUACAGAGCUUGUACACACUGUGUAUUAUAAUAAUAGGUUGUAUUAAAAAACGCUUGCAUCCGG